UCCCUUUCCUUCAAUAAGCAAAAUUUUGAUGAGUAGUAAAACUCCACUGUCAUUUUACCCGUGAGCCCACUUACCAAAAUAUAAUAUAGCCAAAUUUUGCCUACUUUUUUGUCUCGAAUUGUAUGUCUUGUUUAUUUAAAAUUGUUCCAAAUUAUAUCUUACCUUUCUAAUAUAUUUUUUAAUUUUUUUUUCUUCAUACUUAAUUCCGCACUCUCUCAUUUCACCUUUCUUUGUUUGUUCCCUUCUUUGGACACACAGAAUAUUGAAGGCUCUUCUUCUUCAUCAAUUCUCAUUACGAUUAAAAAAAAAAUUAAAAUUAUAUCCACAGAGAGAAUGGGUUGUGCUGUGUUCUUUAUAGUUCUCUAUGCUCUGUUCUUGCAUGCGCAUUCAACUACUCACUGGCAAGACAUUGAAGUCUUGAAGCAGCUGAAAAAUAGCGUCGACCCCAAUUCCAUGUCACCUGGUUCAUGCCUGAAUUCAUGGGAUUUCUCUGUAGACCCUUGUGAUAAUCUCGGGGGUGAAAAAUUCACUUGUGGUUUCCGUUGCGACCUUGUCGUUUCCUCUGUUAGCCGAGUUACUGAACUUGCUUUAGACCAGUGGAAUUACUCCGGUUCACUCACUUCUGUCUCUUGGAAUUUGCCUUAUCUCCAAAACUUAGACAUCUCUAAUAAUGCCUUCUCCGGUUCACUACCUGACUCACUCUCGAAUCUAACGCGGGUUCAACGAGUCGGCUUAUCAGGCAACUCGCUGUCUGGAUCAAUUCCGACUUCACUGGGUUCACUUUCAAACCUUGAAGAGCUUUACCUUGACAAUAAUUUCCUUGAGGGAGAAAUUCCCCAAAGUUUCAACGGUCUCAAGAAUUUGAAACGGCUCGAAUUUCAAGGCAAUCAAAUUACUGGCGAGUUUCCCGAGUUGAAUCAGUUAAUUAAUUUAAAUUUCAUCGAUGCUAGUGAUAAUGCCAUCUCCGGCGAACUCCCGGCGAGUUACCCGGCUUCUCUCAUGGAGCUUGCGAUGAGAAACAACAGCAUAGAGGGUAACAUUCCGGCGAGCCUCAUCGGACUGAAUUUGAUACAAGUUAUCGAUCUGAGUCACAACAAACUGAGUGGGUCAGUGCCAGCGAGUCUCUUCACGCACCCAUCCCUCGAACAGCUCACCCUAUCAUACAACCAAUUCGGGUCGGUUCAGGAACCCGGGAUAUCGUUUCAAAACAGUCAGCUUAUUGCAGCAGACUUAAGCAACAAUGAGAUCCGUGGUUUAUUACCCGGGUUCCUGGGUUUGAUGCCCACAUUAUCAUCACUCUCACUAGAGAACAACAAGUUAUCGGGUAUGAUACCGACCCAAUAUGCAUUGAAAAUGGUGUUUCCGGGUGAAGGGGUAUCACCAUUUGAGAGGCUCCUUUUAGGAGGAAACUAUUUAUUCGGACCGAUACCGGGUCCGUUGUUGGAUCUAAAAGCGGGUUCAGUGAGAGUGAGAUUAGGAGACAACUGUUUGUACCGGUGCCCAUUGAGAUUAUUUUUAUGUGAAGGUGGGGAACAGAAAUCAUUAUCGGAGUGUCAGGCUUUUGGUCCCAUCAUUCCUUGAGUAAUGUGAUAAUGUCUUCUCCUCAUUUAUUAUUAUUGUAUCGUUUCAAUUUUAUUGGAUAUCGACUAUUGUAUAAAAGUUUUUAGAUUUAGUAUUACUAUCUUUAAUGUGGUGAAGUAGUAAUUGUGAGAUUCUGAAUUCAAGCCUGCAAUUACUACACUAUAUAUUGAUUGAUGUGUGUGUCUAUAUAGUAUUAAACAAUAUCUUCAGGGUGUAAGUUAUACUACAAUAUGUUUUCAAUUUUUAUUAUUCAAUGAAAGCUAGGAAUAUUGUUUCUA